AGAAAUAAAAAGAGAGAUAGAGAGAGCUGGAUUCACAUGGCCUUGUUCUUCUUUCUCUCUCCUUUUUCUUCUUCUCAUCUCUCUCUCUCUCUCUCUCCACAUUUGAUCAUUACCAACCAAACUAUUUGAAAUCCAUUUGUUCUCUCAACCCUGUUCUCUCUCUCUCUCUCUCUCUCUCACACUCUCUUCUCUGCUCUUCUCUGCUCUUCUCUGCGCCUCUAACGUCAUGGCUGACGAUAGGGAGAUGCCGCCGGCUGCUGUAGUUGAUGGACAUGACCAAGUCACUGGCCACAUAAUCUCCACCACCAUCGGUGGUAAAAACGGAGAACCAAAACAGACAAUAAGUUACAUGGCGGAGCGAGUUGUCGGUACAGGCUCCUUCGGGAUAGUGUUCCAGGCGAAGUGUCUGGAGACUGGAGAAACCGUGGCGAUAAAGAAGGUUUUGCAAGACAGGAGGUACAAGAACCGAGAGCUUCAGCUGAUGCGUGUGAUGGACCAUCCGAAUGUUGUUUGUUUGAAGCAUUGCUUCUUCUCGACCACGAGCAAAGACGAGCUGUUUCUGAACUUGGUUAUGGAGUAUGUCCCUGAGAGCUUGUACCGAGUUCUGAAACAUUACAGCACUGCUAACCAGAGGAUGCCGCUUGUUUAUGUUAAACUCUAUAUGUACCAGAUCUUCAGAGGACUUGCUUACAUUCACAAUGUUGCUGGAGUUUGUCACAGAGAUCUAAAGCCUCAAAAUCUUCUGGUUGAUCCUCUUACUCAUCAAGUGAAGAUCUGUGAUUUUGGCAGUGCGAAACAGCUUGUUAAAGGUGAAGCCAACAUCUCUUACAUAUGUUCAAGAUUCUACCGUGCACCUGAACUUAUAUUCGGUGCCACUGAGUACACAACUUCCAUUGAUAUUUGGUCUGCUGGUUGUGUUCUCGCUGAGCUUCUUCUUGGUCAGCCACUAUUCCCUGGAGAAAAUGCUGUGGAUCAGCUCGUUGAAAUAAUCAAAGUUCUUGGUACACCAACUCGAGAAGAGAUCCGUUGUAUGAAUCCACACUACACAGACUUUAGGUUCCCGCAGAUAAAGGCACAUCCUUGGCACAAGAUUUUCCACAAAAGGAUGCCUCCAGAAGCCAUUGAUUUUGCAUCAAGGCUGCUUCAGUACUCUCCAAGUCUUAGAUGCACAGCGCUUGAAGCUUGUGCACAUCCGUUCUUUGAUGAGCUGAGAGAACCAAAUGCCCGUUUACCAAACGGACGGCCUUUCCCGCCGCUCUUCAACUUCAAACAAGAGGUAGCUGGAGCUUCACCUGAGCUGGUCAACAAGUUGAUUCCAGACCAUAUCAAGAGGCAGUUGGGUCUAAGCUUCUUGAAUCAGUCUGGAACUUAAACAAACGAUCAAAAAGACAAGAACUUUUUUAUAUAUAAUUGUACCAUUACUCAGAGCCAGAAGAAGGUUAGUUGAAGGCACGUGGAGGACACAGUUAGAGGUUUUGCCUCCUCAAAACUCGUUCCAGGAAUGAAGGUCAAAAAAGACAAGCUUCUCUACAACCUGACUUCCCCCAAGCCUGCAAGAAAAGCCACUCAGUUGUAUCUUCUUCUUCUUCUUUUGUCCUUUUUUAAAAAUGUUUGUUUAAAACAAAGAACGAAAUCUUCUCUUUUUGCUUUAUUAUUACUGCAUCUGUAAAUGAGUUUAGUCAGAGAUUUUUAUAUAGUAAAGUUUGAGCAGAAGGUGAAAGAAUCUUUACUCAAAAGAGAUCCCCAAAGUCUACCAGAAGAGGAGGGCUGGAGUUUCUGUAGUUUAAGUGGCUGUUGCUCUUUUUUCUUUUUGUUUCCUUUCUCCUUUUUAAUGCUUCUGCUUUGUUGUUAUUACCAAAUUUUAUGAAAUGGUUUGUUUAUGUCUCA